AUGGGUACAUGUUAGUUAAAAAAUUGCAGAUGCGUAUGCUAAUAAAAUAGAUUAGCAUGUCAAUGUGGAAGUUAAAAUACUAUUUUACUAGAAGAAUAAGCAAGAGAAAUUCGUAGAAGAAUAAGUUAAGAUUAAAUGGUAAAAUACUUUUAAGUAUGUAGAAAAGAUCAAAUAGAUUUUCAAAUAAUAAAAGCAAAACAGGAUCUCCUGCACAAUCUAAUUCAAGUGACUCUUUAAAUAAAACUAAAUUUUCUACUAAUCGAAAAGCAUCAAAUCGAUCUCCUAAUUCAACUGAAAGGUAUUUGUUAUCUGAGGAAUGUAAUAUUCCAACUGAAAGUAAUCAAUUAAAGAAAAUUGGAAAACCAAAAAUUAGAAAUUUAAAAUUUAAUCGUAGCUUGACCUACUUUAGUUAAGAAAUUGCUGUCUUUAAUUUUUAAGAAAUAAUUGAUUAGUCAUAAAGUUAAAAAGAAAUCAAAAUAGAUUCUCCUUAAUUUUAAACCCUUAAGAAUAAUACUAUAGAAAAUAAAUAAACAUUAGAUCAAAUUUAAUCUAUUAAAGACCCAACAAUAACUAUGAAAACACCUACAACUACUGGUGCUGAAUUAUCUAAUAAUGCAAUACAAUCAGCUCCAUUUCUUAUUCAAUAACCAUCCAUAUCUAGAGAGAGUACUCCAUCUAAAUUAUCGCAUCCUAUUACUUAAGUAAGUAUGGAACCAAAUCUAAAUAAAUAAUCAUUAUCCGUAAUCACAGAAUAAUAACUUAAAAAUAGAUCACAUACAGCUGAAUUAUCAGAUGAUUAAAAAAGUGUUACCCCCAGAAGUGUAUUAAAAUUAUAACAAAAAAAUAAUGAUUCUUUUAGAACUUAAUAACAGGAAAAACGUAAAGUUAGAUUUGAUCUUCCUAAUUCACAUUACAUUAAGGAAAGAAUUAAAUAAUAACAAAGAUUUUUCAAUUGA